AUGACACAGUUCAUUCUGAACGAGGCCAAGGACAAAGCCCAAGAUAUUGAAACCAAGGCGUUGCAAGAAGAGAGCAUCGAACGCUUAAAAAUUGUGAACUCCAUGAAGGAAAAAAUUCAGCAGGAUUAUGCCAAAAAAACAAAGCAGAUUGAGACCCAGGCAGCCAUCGAGAGAUCUACUGCCAUCAACAGGUCGAGACUUGAAAAAAUCAAAAGCCGACAGGAGAUGUUGGGACAUUUGCAUGCAGCCUCACAGAAAGAGCUGGCCAAGCGGCUGGAGGACAAGGCCAAACAAAAGCAGUUCAUCACCCAGCUCAUUGUGCAGGGUUUGCUGAUGCUUUUGGAGGACAGCGUAGAGGUUCGAUGUCGCAAAUGCGAUGAGGCACUGGUGGCAGAAUGCAUUGGUGAUGCUGUGAAGGAAUACAGUAAGGUCAUCAAGGACUCCACUGGUGCAUCUAAGAACUGCAAGGUGACAGUGGAUCAGAAAGUUCAGUUGCCCCCAGCGCCGAAUGGCGAUGCUUCGACGCCUUCGUGCUUGGGUGGUGUAGCCAGGGAGACGCAGGCACAAAUUUUGCAGAUGACACAGUUCAUUCUGAACGAGGCCAGAGACAAAGCAGAAGAGAUAGACACCAAGGCGUUGCAGGAAGAGAGCAUUGAACGCUUAAAGAUUGUGAACUCCAUGAAGGAAAAGAUUCAGCAGGAUUAUGCAAGAAAAACAAAGCAAAUUGAGACCCAGGCAGCUAUCGAGAGAUCUACCGCCAUCAACAGGUCGAGACUUGAAAAAAUCAAAAGCCGACAGGAGAUGUUGGCACACUUGCAGGAAGACUCACAGAAGGAGUUGGCCAAGCGGCUUGCGGACAAGGCCAAACAAAAGCAGUUCAUCACCCAGCUCAUUGUGCAGGGUUUGCUGAUGCUUUUGGAGGACACCGUAGAGGUUCGAUGUCGCAAAUGCGAUGAGGCACUGGUGGCAGAAUGCAUUGGUGAUGCUGUGAACCAAUACAGUAAGGUCAUCAAGGACUCCACUGGUGCAUCUAAGAACUGCAAGGUGACAGUGGAUCAGAAAGUUCAGUUGCCCCCAGCGCCGAAUGGCGAUGCUUCGACGCCUUCGUGCUUGGGUGGUGUAGUUUUGGCUUGCCAGAAGGGCACCAUCACCAUUGACAAUACCAUUGACUCACGUUUGCAGCUGGUCAUGGAGCAGGCAAAGCCAACGAUUAGAAAGCUGCUGUUCCAUUGA